AGUGAAAACCUUGACCCUGGGCAUGGCGCACACUGGGGACAUAUCCGGAGGUGGUGGGCUGCAUUAAGCCGUGUUUAAAAGGGAUAAAACAAGUGUCAGCCAGACUCUUGUCUUUAGCUCGAGGUGUCUGGACCUCCUCCUCCUCGGACCCAUGGCCCAGGUCUCACUACGCUCAAUGGUAAAGCCUACCUCUAGUAGGCAAUGGCUGUUUAGAGCCUAUGGGAAGAGCAAAGUGACCAGGACUCUGUCCUGCAUUCAUUGGCAGUUUGUUUACCAUGUUCCUUUCAGACAGCUUGUGUUGUCUCAGGUGGAGAUAACUCUUGGGUUUUGAUUGGGUGGGGUGUAAAGGUCACAGCUCCUGGAAGGAAGCCACUGGUACGGAGGGCGCUGCAGACACCAGGGCUUGUGCGAUGCCUUUAACUCUGAGUUUGCUUUGCUUACUUAUCUGUCUUUAGUUUUUGAGGCAAGGGGUUAUUCUAGAUUAUUCUAGAGCCUAGACCUUUCUGGGACUCGUGACCUUUCUGCUUUUGCCAUCUGAAAGCUUCGAGGCUUCAUGGAACAGACACAGAGAGUCCUGAGCCGGACCCCUCCUGUCCCUGCUUCCCAACCCAGGAAGAGAAGGACAUUGGUGCGAUCUUUCUUUUCCAAGGUCUAUUGGAAACUAAGGUUGCGGAAGCAGGAACCUUUGAAGAAUGUGUUUUUCAUCUUGGCAGAAAGAGCCCGGGAUCCUAAUGCUAAAAAGCGCCAUCUGGCCAUGAGAGGUCUGGGCACCUUGGCCCAUGAAGCCCCUGACAAGCAGGUGAGAAAGUACAAGAAAGUUUUUCUUGCUCUCCUGGUGCACGGGCUGUAUGACCCCGUGAGUUCUGAGGUUAUCCAUGAGAGCAUGAAGACUCUGACCAUCAUGCUGGGCAAGAUCCAGGGCCAAGGGCUGGGCUCCUUCUUCGUAGAUAUCACUCUUCAGACCAGGACUCUAUUGGAUGAUGAGAACGACGGUGUGCGGUACUCGGCCUUUGUUCUGUUUGGGCAAUUGGCUGCAUUUGCUGGGCGGAAAUGGAAGAAAUUUUUCACUGACCAGGUUAACCAGACACAAGAUUCCCUCCUGACCCAUUUACAGGACAAAAGCCCUCAGGUUGCCAAGGCUUGCAAAACGACUGUGCGAGCCUGUGUUCCGUAUCUGAAACCCAGGAAAGAGCAGCGUUUCCAGAGUGAAGAAGAUCAGCGAAACCCCAGACUUUCCAGGCAGCUGAGCCAUUAUCAUCCUGAGGUCCUGCUGUUCUUCUAUGCCAAUAAAAUCCUCUAAGUCCAGAGCGGCAGAGAAAAUGGCUCAAUGUGAGUGCCUUGCUCCGGGCAUCCCAUUCCCUCUGCUCUCAUUGUUGUACCUCUUUGACUCUGCUCAUAUGAUAGUAACAGAAGAGAGGACGUCAGAGAGCUACUGAGGGAAAAAAACAAUCUCCAGGAAGUGUAUCUCUGCACUCAAAGUAAAAUUCUACAUUACUUUCA